GACAAGGAACAACAACGUCUUGUUGAAAAGCAUUACUGAAAAGCAGGAUGGAGAUGAGACAGGUCAUAGUUAAAAAUUUCCAUCUGGUUUCAUAUAACAGGUUUAAUUCCUGUGAAGACAAUGAUGACAAGGAUGAGGACAACCUGGCCAAUCAGAGCAUCAGGAACAUCAGCUCAGGAUGCAACACUUCAGGGAGCAGGUAUUACAGACUUUCUGCAGUGUGUUUGACCCUGCUGUGUGUUCUCCUGAUUUCUGCUGUCUCAGUGCUGUGGGUCAAGUUCAACAACCUGACUACAAAAAACACUGAUUUACAAACUCAUUACAGCAAUCUCAUUCUUGAGAAAGAGCAGCUCCAAACCAGCUACGGAAACCUGACUUUUGAAAGGAACCAACUUCAGAUAAUGUACAGUAACCUGAACAGAGACAAAAACCAGUUACAGGCCAGCUACAACAACCUGACUGUCGAGAGAGACCGGUUACAGGCCAGCUACAACAAACUGACUGUCGAGAGAGACCGGGUACAGGCCAGCUACAACAAUCUGACUGUCGAGAGAGACUGGUUACAGACCAGCUACAACAACCUGACUGUCGAGAGAGACCGGGUACAGACCAGCUACAACAAACUGACUGUCGAGAGAGACCGGGUACAGGCCAGCUACAACAAUCUGACUGUCGAGAGAGACUGGUUACAGACCAGCUACAACAACCUGUCUGUCGAGAGAGACUGGUUACAGACCAGCUACAACAACCUGUCUGUCGAGAGAGACUGGUUACAGACCAGCUACAACAACCUGACUGUUGAGAGAGACCGGGUACAGACCAGCUACAACAAACUGACUGUCGAGAGAGACCGGGUACAGACCAGCUACAACAAACUGUCUGUCGAGAAAGACCAGUUACAGACUAGCUACAACAACCUGUCUGUCGAGAGAGACCAGUUACAGACUAGCUACAACAACCUGACUAUUGAGAGAGACAGGUUACAGACCAGCUACAACAACCUGAUCAUGGUGAGAGACCAGGACCAGGCGAAAUGUAAAGAACUGGCUAAUGAAAUGGCGAAACUGCAGACAAACUACAGCACCAUGGCAAACCAGAAAGACCAGUUGCAGAAGGAGAAAGAUGAAAUUCAGAAAAGGUUGCGAGAGAUAGCUGCACAGGCCAAACUAGGCUGGGUCUAUUUCAGCUCCAGUCUUUACUUCAUCUCUACUGAGAAGAAAAGCUGGAAUGAGGCCAGAGCGGACUGCAGAAAGAAGGGAGCAGACCUCGUGAUCAUCAAGACCAAAGAGGAAGAGGAGGUCCUUGUUAAGCAGCUGGGCAGCGAUAAGGCUUGGAUUGGUUUAAAUGACAGACCCGUAGAGGGGACCUGGAAAUGGGUGGAUGGUACAGCACUGACCACUGCGUACUGGGCUCCGGGGGAACCCAAUAAUUCAGGAAAUGAGGACUGUGCUGAGCUUUGGGGUCUUCUGGAUAAACAGGGUUGGAACGACCGUCCGUGCAACGACGGAGUGAGAUGGAUCUGUAAGAAACCUUUUCGGACUUCUCAGUGGUAAGUUGAGAAAUUAAAUAAUAAAAUGCGCAGUGAUGAUGUAAUAAUGCAACUCUGACUCAGUCUCUCUAUGUUGUAUUAUUCUCAGAUUAAACUCAGCCUUCUGUCAGCAGCGACCUCCACCGACUGUGUCACAAAAACACGCUUGAGUACCCCAUCCACUUAUAAUAUUACUCUAACUAGCUAUCUAGUGUAAGUAGGUAAUAUUUAGGUACUGCAGUAAUGUCUCUCUCUAUAACUUUGGCUUUUGUCACAGCUUAUUUUAUUAAAUUUAUGCAGUGGUAGUACUACUAAGCUAGCACCAGCCACUUUAUUAGGAACACCUGUACACCUGCUCAUUAAUGCAAUUAUCCAAUCAUCCAAUCACGUGUCAGCAGGGCAAUGCAUAGAAUCUUGCAGAUACAGGUCAAAAGCGUCAGUUAAUGUUCACAACAAACAUCAGUGAACUCAGUGAUCAAACUGGACAGUUGAAGAUUGGAAAAACUUGCCAAGUCUUUUUUCAAUCUUGUCCAGUUUGGGGGAGUCUGUUCCCACUGUAGCCUCAGAUUCCUGUUCUUGGAGGAAAGGAAUGGAACCUGUCUUCUGCUGUAAUAGCCUCAAGGUUCAACAUGUUGUGCUUUCUGAGAUGCUUUUCCUUUCACCAUGUUUGUAAAGAGUGAUUAUUUGAGUUAUCGUAGCCUUCGUCUCUGAUCAACAAAACACUGGAUGGCUUUUGUUUUUCGCACCAUUCUGUGUAAACUUUAGGGACUGUGUGCGAAAAUCCCAGCAGUUUCUGAAAUAGUCAAAUCAGUCUGGUGAUGCCAGCUGAAGCUCUUGACUUGUAUCUGCAUGAUUUUAUGCCACAUGAUUGGAUCAUUGCAUGAAUGAGCAGGUGUUCCUAAUAAAGUGGACGGUGAAUGUAUGUUCCUCUGUUGAAAACCAUGAAUGAUCUGAUGUAAUGCUAAGCCAGCUGUCGAGAGUCAAAACCUUUUUUAUAAAGCUGUUAGCUACCUAGCUAUUUGUGUUUAGCUAAAUUACUGUAAUGACAGUUGUCUACGGAUGCACUGUAUAUUUUUUCAAAACUGUGUAGAAAAAAACAAAACGCUGACACAUUUUCUUGAGCACCCAAUUUAACUGUAGCAGUGAGACAUUUCACAUAUAGUUGUCUGUGUUUUAUUUAAAUAAAGUUUUAUUUCACUGCUUUAAAAAUCAAUGACAUUAGCUUGAACUGUUUAGCUUUUCUUGAAGACUCUACCCAAGUUAAAUUAAGUUAACAAGGUUUCUCUGUAAAUGUUAGCUAGCUACAUUAGUGUACUUGAUUAGGAUAUUUAUGUGCCCAACACUCAGUCCACUAUGUCACUGAAUAUUUUGUAAAUGAAAUCGGAUUUUUUGGAUUUCAGUGAAUGCUAGAACACAUUUCUAGUUGAUUAGCCUGUUAGCUUUGAGUACCAUUAGCUUUGAGUACCAUACGGCAUUGCCAGUAAACAGGUAACAAUGUAUUAUAUAUUCGAAUGCUAAGACUUUGCUCUUUAUUUAUAUUUUUAAAUGAAAACUGUGUUGCAUAAUAUAAAUCUUAAAAUAAAUAUUUCCCUCCAUUCA